AUGUCAAGUUUGAAUUGGACCAAUUUACAUCCUGCCACCUUCAUUCUGAUUGGAAUCCCAGGCCUGGAAACUCUCCACAUCUGGAUCUCCAUUCCUUUCUGCUUUGUAUAUAUGUUGGCUCUUUUGGGAAAUUUGUCUCUUUUGUUCAUCAUCAAGACUGACCCCAGGCUUCAUGAACCAAUGUACCUUUUCUUUUGCAUGCUGUCUGCUGCUGAUCUAAUUAUUUGUACCACUGCCAUGCCUAAGCUCCUCAGUCUUUUCUGGUUUAAAGAUAGGGAAAUCAACUUUGAAGCCUGCCUCACACAAAUGUACCUGAUACAUUCUAUAUCCAGCAUGGCAUCAGGUUUCAUUUUAGCAAUGGCCUUUGACCGUUAUGUGGCCAUUUGUAAACCCUUGAGACACUCAACUAUUUUGACUUAUAAGGUCAUUGGGGGAAUUGGAUUGGCUAUUGUCCUCCGAGGAGCUGUACUUUUUGGCCCUCAUCCCUUUCUCCUGAAAUGGCUUCCAUUUUGCAGGACCAACAUAAUUUCUCACACCUAUUGUGAAUACAUGGCUCUAAUUAAAUUGGCCUGUGCCACAACUAAAAUACGCAGAAUUUAUAGUUUAAUGGUUGCUUUUCUUACUGGAGGUCUGGACUUUAUUUUGAUAAUCUGUUCCUAUGUACUUAUUCUAUAUGCUGUCUUUCGCCUCCCUUCAAAAGCUGCCCGGCUUAAGGCACUGGGUACCUGUGGAUCUCAUGUCUGUGCCAUCUUAGUUGGAUAUACUCCAGCUUUUUUCUCCUUCCUCACUCAUAGAUUUGGUCGUCGUGUUCCUCCCCAUGUCCACAUUUUUGUAGCUAAUAUAUACCUUUUGGUUCCACCCAUGUUAAAUCCAAUGAUAUACGGGAUGAUGACAAAGAGGAUACGGGAAAGAUUCCUCCAAAUUCUCAGUCUUUCAAAGUUGUAA